AGAGUCUAUUUUGGGCAUCAGCUCUGGGUGCCAAGCUUCAGAGGGAGGCUUUGACUUAAAGAGAAAUCCUGUGCUCUUACCUUGUACUCACUCAGGUUUGAACUACAGGAUUCAGUACCUCUGUCAGGCUUUAAACCUUUCAGAUCGAGUACCCCAAUUUAGUAUCUCUUUUUAAUAAGCUGACUUAUGUGGGCUGCCAGAGGUCAAAUGAACCCACCCAGAAUCAGGCAAGAAAAAGACUUGUCUGAAUGCCCAGUUUUGUGCUUAACUUUCAAGACUGUCUUCUUGAGCCUCUCAGAAAAUCUCUUCUUUAAUGACAAGCCAGGAAUUCUUUUAACCAGACCUGAACUAAACGUUUAUGUCCCCCUUUUUAAUGCUUUCCAGACUAACAGUAAUCUUUAAAUGCUGUUUUUCAUGCAUGGGUUUCUUAAAUUUACCGCCUUUUUUUUUUGGUCUUGUUUAUUCAACCCAAGUUAGUAUUUGAAAAAUAAGGAGGUAAAAUGCAGAGUACUUACAAAACAUGGAUAAUUUUGUAGCCAUGAUUACAUUUUAAUGCCAAUGUGUUUCUAAUCAAUUAAGUGUUUCCAUCACAAAUGAGGAAUAACUCAAUCAGGAUGACUGAGUUCACAGGACAACUGAUGGACUUCCAUGAUCCGCCCACAAAGUGGAUGAUACUUUCAUGAAGCUGAAUGCAAAUGUUUCCAUUACAAGUGAGCGUGCCUGAGGGGAGAGGAACACAAGAGAGGAGAGACAAUUGAACAUCACCAUUGGCCAAGACCUGAAAAAAUGGUGCUGGAUGAACACAGGAUUAGAACUUAAUUGUAAAAGGGAAGGGAAGUCUUGACAGGAGAUUUGCUUCAUUUUCACAUUCAUCAUGGCACAAAUCCUCUGGCUGGCUGGUUGAUGGAACUCUCCAACACUUCUCCUUAGUUUUAUUGCAGAUCCCUUCUGCUUACACAUUGCAAGACCUGGGAACAGGUGGGAACUGGAUGGUGCCAGAUACAGGAAUGGAAAGAGAAAUGGACUCUGAUGAGCUACGAUGGAAGUGACUUGACAGCAACAAGCUCAGCAGUUGUCUCCAGUAAGGACAGGUUGAGACGGGAAUCUCAAGCUUCUCUGGAAGAGCAGUAUGCAGGAAGCUGGUUUUCAGGCCACAAAUGCUUUCACAGAGUGCAAAUUCACCUGCGCCAGUGGUAAAUGCUUGUAUCUUGGUUCACUGAUUUGUAACCAACAGAAUGACUGUGGAGAUAACAGUGAUGAAGAGAACUGCCUGCUUGUAACAGAGCAUCCACCUCCAGGCAUCUUCAGCUCUGAACUGGAGUUUGUUCAAAUCAUCAUUAUAAUCGUGGUUAUAACUGUUAUGGUGGUAGUGAUCAUCUGCUUGUUGAACCACUACAAACUCUCGACUCGCUCCUUUAUCAACCGGCAGAGCCAAAGCAGGAGGCAGGAGGAAACUCUGCAGACGGAGGGGUGCUUGUGGCCUUCAGAAAGCUCAGUUUCACGCCAGGGUGCUUCAGAGAUCAUGUACGCCCCGAGGUCCAGGGACAGGUUUACCACCCCAUCCUUUAUGCAGCGGGACCGUUUCAGUCGCUUCCAGCCCACCUACCCAUACAUGCAGCAUGAGAUCGACCUGCCUCCCACCAUCUCACUCUCUGACGGCGAAGAGCCACCGCCGUACCAGGGCCCGUGCACGCUGCAGCUCCGGGACCCCGAGCAGCAGAUGGAGCUCAACCGGGAAUCCGUCAGGGCGCCGCCCAACCGAACCAUUUUUGAUAGCGACUUGAUAGACAUCUCCAUGUACAAUGGGGGUCCCUGCCCACCCAGCAGCAACUCGGGCAUAAGUGCAACCAACUAUAGCAGUAAUGGAAGGAUGGAAGGACCGCCCCCGACAUACAGCGAGGUCAUGGGCCAUUACCCAGGCUCCUCUUUUUUCCAUCACCAGCACAGCAACAUGCCUCCUUCCUCGCAGAGGGGGAGCAGACUUCAGUUUCAGCAGAACAAUUCAGAGAGCACAAUAGUCCCCAGCAAAGGCCAGGACCGGAAGCCAGGAAACCUGGUCUAGGUUACCUGCCCAGGUGCGUUUGGACUGAAGAUGGGAGAGCCAAGCAGGGCGGUGGAGGAAGAGCCCCGUGCUCCAGUGCACAGUGUUGUUACGUGGUACAACUGAGUAAAACCAAACGUGCAAACCA